AUGCCGCCUGCCGUUGAGGAUAUUUCCGAUGAGGAAGCUGGUGACGUUCCUUACAUUACUGCUCAGGAAGAGCCCCUCAAGGAUGAACCAGUUGAGGAGAACAGUGACGAAUCCAAUGACGGCGAUGACGAUGAUGAGGAGGGUGUCUACGUCGUUGAGAAGAUCACCGGCCAUGACUUCCUGGAUGAUGGUUCGCUCUUGCUUCUUGUGAAGUGGAAAGGAUAUGAAAAGAAGGAAGAUAUGACUUAUGAGCCCGAGGAAGGCUUGAAGGAGGGUGCCAGCGAUGCGGUGAAAGCUUACUACAAGAAGAUCGGUGGCCGACCUAAGAAGCCUUCCCUCAAGCCCAUCCCGAAGGCGGGUCCAGGCCGCAAGCGCAAGUCAAUGAAUGAGCCAAAGGAGGAAGAACAACCGACCUUAACUCCAGCGGCUGAACCCAAGAAGCGCCGAAAGUCUGCUCCCCGAACCACUACUUCCGAAACCCCGGCAUUGACCGAAGAUACCAGUGAUGCUGAGGCCGAGAGCAACUGGGUCCCCCCGAGGCGACAACUGGGACAAGGAAUUGGAUACAGUUGA